UGGCUAAACGAGCAGGCAGUGCUUCGGGACCCAGUAAAAGGCUUAGCUGACACCCGAAAUUAGGUCGUCGACAAAAGACAGGAACUUUGGGGGUAAAAAAUCGAGCUUCUGGAAUAUUUUACCCAUCUGUUUUAUAGCUGACCGAAUUUUGAAAGCCGCGUGGUUUGUGCGCGCGUGGCGUCUGUGUACACUACAGCGGUAAACCACAGCACUGGGAAGACAAUGUCACAGUACAGAAAGCACAUCGCCAUCAGGGUAUUGCUAAUAACCUUGCUGAACAUCAGUAUUUGUGAACGAGCUCAGUCCGCUGGUGCUCAAUAUUCAACCAUGUCCAGGCUUAGUCAGAGAACCAAAGAAUUCUUCAAACACUCUCUACAAAGAAACCACACAGUACAUGAUACAGAAGCUGGAGAAACAGGCAUAACAGCAGCAACAACCGCCGGUAACACCGACGAGGUCGACUCUCCCCCAAAGGUCCACGGGAAAAAGAAGCACGUUGAUGUUAAGGAAGAAAUGGCACAAACAAAGGAAGGUAGGCCUACUGAAUUUGGCUCAAAGGGCAGCUCGAAGUAUUUAUUAAUGGCACAAAAACAAAAGCAUAGCCAAAAGACAAAACUAGCCCGUCACAAAAAGUCUAAAAGCCAUCAUCACGUAAAGUCGAAAAAGACGAAACCUAAGAACAAAACAAAGCGAAAGAAGUCGAGGAGUGAGGUGGACAGCUUAGCAAGAAACAGUGGAGAUGUGGACACUGUACCUAAAUACCAGCAUCCUGUGGUGGGAAAACUAAGCCGAUACGCAAAACAUGAAGGACAUGCAGUACAACCCCUAUCCAUGCCACUGCGGACUAACAAAAGUACGAUGAAAGGGAAAGACAAGCUGGAAUCCCGGACAGAAGAACGAGGUAAAAGUUCCGCCAAAUCGGCACACUCAUUUGAGUCGUCAACAGCUAUUUCCAACGAAACGUUGCGGGAUGCUGAGGAAGCUUUGCUCCGGGAGAGUCUUCGGAGGAUGCACAUCGAACUGAUUAAGCUGAAAAUCCUGAGGUUAUUGCGCAUGGAGAGUCCACCGAACAUCACAAGACCCAUGCCGAUGAUCCCGCCGCAGUUUCUGGAAGAUUCGGCUCUGAGGGAUGAGCCGCCUAUCCCAGACACCGCCGACUCUUCCCUGCCCUCACAGGCGGUUGUCUUUGCCGAACAGGAGCUGCUGGCUUGUCCGCAAAAAACUGCUAAAUGCGUGAGCUUUGAUCUGGGUAGGUACUCCGGCCAAAGGGCCGAUUCUGCAGAACUGUGGGUGUACAAGGAGUUCGACCCCCAGGAUCAUUACAACCAUACUUUGGUAGUUUACGAACUGGAGGAGCCCGGGGAUGAGAACCGUCCUCAGCUAAGACAGGUGGUCGACGCCCUCGAAACAGACAGACACGGCUGGGUUAAAUUCAAACUGCGGAAAACCGUGGAUUUCUGGCUGGACAAGCCACACCGAAAUUAUGGACUACAGAUAUUCUGCAAGACGUGCAAAGCGGGACGGCAUCGUCUGACACCAAUAGCCACUUCAAGCGAGACUCGACCUGUGCUUAUUGUGCGUUUCUCGGAACGCCAUCGUGUGCCGAGGGGACUCCCAGAUUACUGCCACUCACGGAACAAGGUGUGCUGUAAGGAGAAACUAAAGAUCGACUUCGAGGAAAUCGGCUGGGGAGACUGGAUUAUCUUUCCCAAAACUUUUGAACCAAGUUUUUGUCGCGGUACCUGCGAAACAGCAAGAAGUAUGCCAGGCAUCAACACUCAUCAUUCUAACCUGCUGAAGACAUACAUCCACUCCAUUGCGAACCCUGCGCUCGAAGAGGCCUUGCAUACAGAUUUACAGACUUGCUGUGCACCGACCAAGAUGAGGCGGGUGUCAAUGCUUCUGAUGGAUGAUAGACAAAACGUCAUCAAACAAGAUAUGGAAUUGGUGGUUGGCGAGUGUGGCUGUGUUGUAUAGCCAGCAUUUCCAGUCAAAGGCAAACCAGAAUGAGUUUAAAUAUUUUGAUGACUAAAGAAUACUUGAAAAGGUAUUAUAAAACGAAGAUUAUGAUUUGAAGGAAAUGAAGAAAGAUAUGCCCAAAAGAGUAUAAAAAAAUAUAUAUAUAUUUUUAAGGUAUAUAUCCUCUUUCUAUGCAUAUUUUCCGUGUGAGGCCGGAAAUAUACGGAAAUGACCUCAUCGAUGGACAUACUGGGAACGCGGGGACAGCUUAGCACCCCAAUUCGGGCUCUCGGCCCAACAAAGUUGUUUUGACAGCUACCAUCGUUGACGUAACCACAGCAGGCUACUUAAUUUCCUGCCUGACCACUGGAACCUCAGAAGAACUGUUGCUAUUUUCACGUCCCAAAAAGACAGCUGAUAGGCUUUUUUUGUACUUCAAUUCCAUGUUAUAUAGACCCUACCCUAUCUGAAGAAAUAUAAACCAAGCGCUUCAGGUGUCCCUUAAAGCAAUGCUUCUUCAUUGGAAUUGAGCAUCAUUCGCAUGCGCGAUAAUGCCUGAAGUCACAUUAAAAACGUUUACAAUGCUAGUACACAAUGGAUGUGUAUACUCGUGGUCUGAUAGGAAGUAAAGAGACUUUCGUUUUAAAAGGGUAUUUGACGAUUAUCUCCGUGAAGUGUUAUGCGCAGAUUCCCAACUGUCGUGACAUAUGGUGCUCAAACCUAUUUAUCGUGCUAUUAAUUUCUCCAAGCUUGUAUCCCAAUGUAUCCAAACUGUAGAGUCUUCAAAAAAACUUUAACUCAUCUGAUUUGCAUAAAGCCACGUUCACACGGUGCGAUUUUCGCGUCAACUCGUUGAAUUCAGCAAGUGGAACGAAAAUAGGA